AUGCUUUCUGGGCCUUUAAUGGCAGGCCGCGGCAAACCCAAUAACGCUGGCCUGCGCUUUGGGGGGGGGGGUCAGGAACUGCAUCUCAUUAGCGGGUUGGUGGCCCUAGAAAACGGCCGAGUUUCCCUGCAACUAAAAUGGGCAGUGGCGGGUCGGUGGGGUGACGUCGCCCCAUUCCAGAAGGGCAGUUUCCCACCGCGCCCUCGAGGCAAGGGGGUGCCCAUCGCGGAUUCUGGAGUUUUCCCAAGAAAACAAACUUUUAAAAUUCACCCACAAAGAACGGAAAAAUAUCUUGGAUUGGGGGG